AUGUCUGACAGCUCCGGCAAGCUACCGUUUCUACGGCUCAACAACCCCUUUAUACAAAACUUGAUUGUGUCAGCAUGUCUUUUCUGCAAUCCAGGUCUCUAUCUAGCACUCCUGGGAGCCGGCGGUGGCCGAGCUUCAUCGAUUACGAUGGCUAACACAAGCAAUGGAGUGCUCUAUGGAGUAUUCGUAUUUUCCGCUCUCCUUGCUGGAACAAUUCUCAACACUGUCGGUCCGCGCCUUACAAUGAUGUUCGGUAUCACAGGAUACCCAAUCUACAUCGGUGCUAUGUGGUAUUUUGACGCUUUUGGCCAUCUGUGGUUCCCCGUCUUUGCCGGUGCGUAUCUAGGUCUAACUGCAGGAUGUCUCUGGUCAACCGCGGCUUACACGUCGAAUGCUUAUGCCGAGGAGAAGGAUAAGGGCGUCUGGAGGGCCAUCCAGUGGACAUCAAACGUUUCAGGGGCUGCUGUCGGUGCCUGUGUCGCCCUUGGUGUCAGUUGGAACUCUAAUACUCUUGGAGUACCGCACUCUGUCUACAUUGUUUUCAUUGUCAUCCAAAGCAUAUCCAUGGGCUUGGCUUUGCUCUUGCUGCCUGCCGAAAAAUUGAGGCGUCCAGAUGGAACGGCACUAGCGGCGUUUAAACACAUGUCGCCUAUGGACUCAUUAAAGAUUACCUUAAGCCUGUUCAAAGACUGGAGGAUUCUCUUCAUGAUUCCAACAUUCUUUACUCCAGAGAUGUUCUUCCCUUUCCAGGCCUCCAUGAACGCUUACGUCUUCAACCUCCGAACCAGGACACUGAACAGUCUGCUCAACAACCUUAUCCAGAUUCCUGUUACUUUGUUCAUGGGUUUCCUGCUCGAUACAGAGAGACUGGGAAGUCGGCGGAAGCGAGCUUUCAUGGGGAUUACCUUUGACGCCGUCUGGAUCACUGGCACGUAUACUGCUCAGACUGUCUGGUUGGCUUCAUGGAAGUUCGAUCGGUCUGUGGAAGGCCCAGCCAUUGACUGCACUGACUCAGCAUAUGCUGGUGCUGUUGUGAUUUACAUGUUCUUUGCCGCCCAAUACGGCAUCUUCCAAAACGUGGUGCUCUAUGUUGUUGGUACUUUGACCAAUGAUCCACGAAAACUCGCUGCAAUGGGAGGUUUCUUCGUUGCCUGGCUGAGUGCCGGCACCGCUGUAUCAUUUGGUGUAGAUGCAACUGCACAACCAUACGAGAACGAAAACGCAGCAUACUUUGCUCUCACCACUCUCUGCUGGCCAAUCCUGUACUUUAUUACAUGGAAGUGCACGACUGACACGAACUACAUGAAAGAAGACACCGUCAUUGUUCCGAUCCAUGUCCGGAAAGAGAUUGGUUUGGACGGCGUCGAAGACACUGUGGAUGUAGGUGAAAACAAAGGCGUGGACGACUCUGGGGAAAAGGGGAUCAAGGCAAUGUAA